AAAGGAAAACAUUAUUCUAACCGAACCAGGGCAGCAGAGGGCGGUAUAACCCCAUGAAAUGCAACACUCUACUCCACAGGUCAAACAACAAAACCCAAAAAUCACAAAAUACAGUUUGAAAUACUUUCCCUUUUAUUUAACAGGCGUACAGACAGAGCUUUAAUUACUCGAAAUAAAGCUGGACAGAGUAAUGCAAAUUAAUAACACGCCAUCACAGAAAAAAGUGUGUUGCAUUCGUUGACAACAGGAAAACUCAGUUCUUAAAAUGAAAAAAGAAAGAAAGAAAUCAGGAAAGUAUUUUUUUUUGUCGAAAUUGGUUUUUAAAUUGAACCCAUUUGUUUUGCAGCUUUUCAAGGUGGUGUUCGCUGUGAAUCGGCGUUUAAACAAAGCAGCAGAAUUUCUAACACCACGAUUAGUUGAUUUAAGAAACAAAUAAAUAACCAUUGUUUAUUGUUUUUGUUUGUCUGUUUUUGUGAUGUAUAUGUCCAUGAAGGGUUCUAUUUGAAAUGAUAUGUUACUUGCUUUUAAUAGUUAACAAAAAUACUAAACGUGUGUUAUAUUUUCUCUUGCAUAUUUACCCGUUUGUCAUCUUUUAACUGAACUGUAAAACAGCUGAUAACGUUCUGCAUUAAAGCAGCAAAACAGCGAAGAGAAUAUUCCCCUUUUGUCAAUAAAUGUAAGCCUUUGCCAUUUGGUCCAUCGCCUAACACUGUGCUUUCCGACUUCCUGCUGUCUCCAAACGCAUUCGUUUGCGUGAGUCGCCGUCGACGCUUUGCGGAAGUGUGUGAAAAAGAGUCAUGAGACCAGGCAGGAGCUAGAGAAAAUGCUACCGUGACAUGGAUGAAGACUCCCGGACACCGUGAUUCGCUCCACUCGCAGCAGCAGCGGCCUGACGUGGGGACUCUGAGCCGGAGUAAGCAGCUAGCACGGCGGGGUUCGUUCGGCUGACCGUCCGGAGGAGAGGGAGCGCUUUCCGAGCUGAUUCGGGGCCGUCUGUAUGUGACGGCUCAGCCCAGUCUGCCCUCAGAUGGAGGAGAUCAAAGUGUCUCCUGACUACAACUGGUUCAGAAGCACGGUGCCCCUGAAGAGAAUUAUUGUUGACGAUGAUGACAGCAAGGUGUGGUCUCUGUAUGAUGCUGGCCCAAAGAGUAUCAGGUGUCCAAUCAUCUUCCUUCCCCCAGUCAGUGGGACUGCAGAGGUGUUCUUCCAGCAGGUGCUGGCCCUGACUGGCUGGGGUUACAGGGUCAUCUCGCUGCAGUAUCCCGUUUACUGGGACCUCUUGGAGUUCUGCGAUGGAUUCCGGAAGCUUCUGGAUCACCUUCAGCUGGAUAAGGUCCACCUGUUCGGUGCCUCUUUGGGAGGGUUCUUGGCUCAGAAGUUUGCAGAGUACACUCACAAGUCUCCCAGAGUGCACUCUUUAAUCCUGUGUAACUCGUUCAGUGACACGUCCAUUUUUCACCAGACAUGGACUGCAAACAGUUUCUGGCUGAUGCCUGCAUUCUUACUGAAGAAGAUCGUCCUGGGAAACUUUGCUAAAGGACCUGUGGACCCUAAGAUGGCAGAUGCAAUUGACUUUAUGGUAGACAGGCUGGAGACUCUAAGCCAAAGCGAGCUCGCUUCGAGGCUAACACUUAACUGUCAGAACUCCUACGUUGAGCCUCACAAAAUAAAAGAUGUUGCUGUGACCAUCAUAGAUGUGUUUGAUCAGAGUGCCCUCUCGCUUGAGGCCAAGGAAGAGAUGUAUAAACUGUUUCCCAAUGCUAGAAGAGCACAUCUGAAAACAGGAGGAAACUUCCCAUAUCUGUGCAGGAGCGCUGAGGUCAACCUCUACAUACAGAUUCACCUGCGUCAGUUUCAUGGAACCAGGUACGCUGCCAUAGAUCCUGCCAUGGUGAGCGCAGAGGAGCUGGAAGUGCAGCGGAGCCACCUGAGUUAUAACCAGGAAGCUGAAGACAGCCAAUGAGCCGACGUUUACCUGCAGUCUGGCUCUGAACUCUUUGACCCCUGAGCCCAUUUCACACGAGGAUCCAGGGAUUUUUCCGCUGGAGCCUAACAGUCAAUCGGCAACUCAACUGAGAAUGUUUUUAUUUGUCAGAUGAAGCAAUAUUUUCAUAAUGAUGUGUGGUACAUAACUGCUGCUUUGCUUUAAAACAUACAACACUUUGCCUUAUGUGGAAUAAUUAUUGCACUCAUUAACUGCCUGAAUUGUGUUUUCGUGUCUGUUUAAAGGAUAAAUUGCUGUAAACUGUGCCAGCUGGUUAUACAAAGACACGCUGUACAUCUGAAGAUUUGUUUAAUUUACCAGUAUGAAUUUUGGGGGAGGGGGGGGAUUUUUGGAAUACACUUUUUGAUUUCAUA